AAAAGCAGGAGUGUUGGGAUGAAGAGAGAAAGAAAGAGAAAGCGAGCGAGAGAGAGAGCGCCUCCUCCAUCCUAACAUCUCCGUGUGUUGUAUCACUGCCGCGCGGCUCAGCUCGCCUCAGCCGCCUAUUGUUUGUUUGUUUGAAGCAGGCUCCGACGGGACCAGAACACCAACCAGUCCCAACAUCAUCUUCUUUUUUCACCCCCCCACUCCCCUCCUCUUCCCUUCACUGCAGGCGACAUUCUGCAUGCUGCAUCAGUGCUCAACUUGUGCGCCUGCUUGCACUUGGACUUGCAUCAUGACGACUAGUUUGGGGGCACCUUGCAGCCGCGUUCCUCAGGAAUGGUGGGGACUGCACAGCCGCAUCCUGGGGAGCAUGUAAAUGCCAGUGGAGUUUGGGAUUUAUUGCAUCAAAGGGGGAAUGAUGAGCGUCUUCUCGCUGUGCUUGCUCCUGUGCGCGGAUCUACUGGAUUUAGCCGUGGGAUAUUUAACAGUUACCAUCGAGCCGCUGCCUCCUGUGGUCGUGGGUGAGACUGUGACCCUCAAGUGCAACUUCAAAACGGACGGAAGGCUCCGGGAGAUCGUUUGGUAUCGGGUCACAGAUGGAGGCACCAUCAAGCAGAAAAUCUUCACUUACGAUGCCAUGUUUAAUACAAACUACUCUCACAUGGAGGACUACCGCAGGCGUGAGGACCUUGUGUACCAAUCAACUGUGCGGCUCCCAGAGGUCCGGAUCUCGGACAACGGACCUUACGAAUGCCACGUGGGAAUCUACGACCGGGCAACAAGGGAGAAGGUUGUCCUGGCGUCAGGGAAUGUUUUCCUCACCGUCAUGUCUCCUCCAAACAACAUCUCAGUGGUGGCAGAGAACACGCCAGCCCCGUUCAGUCGAUACCAGGCCCAGAACUUCACUCUGGUCUGCACCGCCAAGGGAGGGAAGCCAGCACCGUCGGUGUACUUCAAGCGGGAUGGUGAGCUGAUUGAGGUGAUCUCCUACACUCAACCCGCAGCCGGCGAUCAGCAAGGUGGCGGCUCGGCGGGGUUUAGAGGAGCCAGGCCGCUCAUAAGCCGAGACCUUGACGAAACCAAGAUGCAGCGCUCCCUCUCCCUGCUGGACCCUGAGAGCCGGUCGGCACGCUUGUACACUGAAGGUCCCCAGCGUGUGCACACUCAGGGCCAGCAGGCCUCUGAGCCCAGCCCCGCCACCGAGGUCAUCCCUGAGACAGUGGUGAGCCGAGAGUUCCCCCGCUGGGUCCACAGUACAGACCCUCUCUACUACUUCAGUCACACUCACAUCCCGCAAAGUGACGGCUCGGUGGUGGUGCAGGCCCGACUCACUUGGACUCUCAACCCUCAGCUGGAUAACGAUGCCCUGUUCAGUUGUGAGGUCAAGCACCCGGCACUGUCCAUGCCCAUGCAGACUGAGGUCACGUUAGCUGCCCCUAAGGGUCCUAAACUCUUCAUGACUCCAAGCAGGGCAAAAGUUGGGGACACAGUGCGCAUCACUGUGCAAGGAUUCCAGGUAGGACCUCAUGGGAACGAGGUGUUCCCGGAGCCCCUCUUUACCUGGACGCGCGUGGGCGGGCGUCUCCUGGACGGCAGCACCGAGCGGGAGGGCAAGGAGCUGAUUCUGGAGCGGGUGCCAGCCGAGCUGAACGGCUCCAUGUAUCGCUGCACGGCCCAGAAUCCUCUGGGCUCCACGGACACGCACACCCGGCUCAUUGUCUUUGAAAACCCCAGCAUGAUGAAAAACACACAGAGCCAGAACAACAGAGCCUCCAACGUGGACGUGGUUGGCCUCACAUGGAUGGCGGUCGUCCUCACAGUGACUGUGGAAUUGACGUGAAAACUCUCUCACUCGAACACAUACUUGCCCUUCUUACCCACCACACACACACACACACACACACACACACACAUACACACUUUGAAACAAAACAUCAAUGUACGUUCCACAACCUUGCCAGUGUUCUCCAGCCAUCAACAGAACACGUCAGUCGGUAAAAGCCACCAGAUGGCACUCCUCCCAUUUUUGUAACAAAAUAAUAACCAAGUUAAAAGUGAUGAACAUGACAACAUCUUCCCAUUUAUCCCUCCCCAGUUCCAUCUCUUUUUUUUUUUUGUUCCUUGUCCCACGUCUGCCUGUUGACCAAUAAAAUUAGUUGAUUUAAACCUGGAAAGACGGCAUUGGGAUAUUUUUUUUGUUUGUUUUAUACGUCUAUGUUUCAUUGAUUUGCGGCGGAAAUGUGGUUCGGGUUGUUGUGCCAAAAAGCCACGGCACCCAUCUGCUCUACGUCCUGGGAUGCUCCAGAUCAGCACCGAGCUGCUGAACCACAAGGGGUGGGAGGGACCAACACAGAUGCGCCAAGAGAACAAUCUAUACUCUGUUCAACUGUUUUAUUUCGUUUCUUCUGGAUGGCUUAGAAUGUACAAAAGAAUUGGGAGUUCAGUGUAUUUUGUGUACAUCAGUGUAAAUAAUGCAGAUAAUUAAAAGAGGUUUUAUCGGGUUGUCUUGAGGGACAGUUGAGUUUGGAGUUCACCUGUUUGUACUUCAUUCAUCACAGCUAAACCUUGGCUGACAGAACAAAAACCUGAACAGCUUAUCCCAUUUGUUUUGUUUUUUUUAAUACCAGUAUGCCUUGGAAGUGUUCUCACAUAUGUCCAAUGUUUUCAGGGUUGUGGUGCAUGUGAAAGUUGUUUUGUUUUUCUCUCUCCUUUUUCUUUUCCAGCUGCUGCAGCAGCUCCUUAUCGCCAGGCUGUGCCGCUGCAGAUAUAUUUACUUGUGUCAUGCUAUCUUAUGUGACCUACAUUGUGUGUACGUAACUCUCACCCAGACGUUUGCGAGAUUAGACGCGUCAUUCUAGCCGCCAUUUCCACGCCGGCCUGAACAGGGUUGUUGCAUUUGUUUCAUUUCGGCUGUAUUAAAGUGGAGAGGUGAUACAACUCACAUGCCUUGGCUUUACUUUUAGACAUUUGUGUUCUAGGUUCACCUGCACAGGUCUCAAGGUCAAUACAACAGCUAAAAAAUGCUGCUUUUACAAAGAUAAUAACGCUCACUGUUGAUUGAUACUAGAAGGUAUUUCCAGUAUUGAACAAUGUUUAUUAUGUGGUUAUAGUUUGCAAUGUAUCACACUGUAGGGUGCCCGUUAUUUCAGUACCAAAAACCAAAACACUUGGCCCGGCAGUGAGAUACUAGAGGUUUACUCAAAAAUGCCUUCGAAUUUCAACACAUUUCGAGUAUGGACAGAAAAAUGACAAAACACUACAGUAUGUAACCAAAGACACAAAUUCCAAAGGGAGAACCUUCAACGCCCAUCACAAAAACUAUUCAAAAAACAGAACACAGGAAGCUGAGGUCAUAUGUCAUUUUUUGAAUGUAACCAAUAUUUUUAAGGAGAAAUAUGCCUUCUAAAGUCACAGGAACUUGGAAAUUUGAGCAUCCAUUGUGCAUGAUGUCCCUUAUUUUACAAGACUUGACCUCAGGAAGUGUCAGUGGAUUAACUUGCUUAUGUUUUGCCUUUUUCUUUGGAUUUUUGGCGACACUAAUAAAAAAAAAAAUCCACCCACACGACAGCCUUUCAGGAUGACGUCACAUGAAUGCUGGUCAAUGAAAUGGCUGAAUGAAAACAAAUGAAAACCAGGACAUUUUCAUCACUUUCCAAAAAAAUAAAAAAAAAUCAAACAGGACGGCCAGGACAGGAAGUGAAAACAUGAACUGGGAAAAUAGGACGUUUGGUCACCCUAUCAUACUGUAGGGUACGUGUCUUGAUUUCACGUCCUGUCCUGGCCUUCUUGAGUUUUUUUUU